AUGGCCGCCGCGGAGCCCGAGUCCGCGCCUCUGACCCUAGAAUCGCUGCCCACCGACCCGCUGCUCCUGAUCCUGUCUUUCUUGGACUACCGGGACCUCAUCAAUUGUUGCUACGUCAGUCGAAGACUUAGCCAGCUAUCCAGUCAUGAUCCCCUGUGGAGAAGACAUUGCAAAAAGUACUGGCUGAUAUCUGAGGAAGAGAAAACACAGAAGAAUCAGUGCUGGAAGUCUCUGUUCAUUGAUACUUAUUCUGAUGUAGGAAGAUACAUUGACCAUUAUGCUGCUAUUAAAAAGGCCUGGGAUGACCUCAAGAGAUAUUUGGAGCCCAGAUGUCCUCGGAUGGUUUUGUCUCUUAAAGAGGGCGCUCGAGAGGAAGAUCUCGAUGCUGUGGAAGCUCAGAUCGGUUGCAAACUUCCUGAUGAUUAUCGAUGCUCAUACCGUAUCCACAACGGGCAGAAGUUAGUGGUUCCUGGGUUGUUGGGAAGCAUGGCGCUGUCCAAUCACUAUCGUUCGGAAGACUUGUUAGACGUGGACACGGCCGCUGGAGGCUUUCAGCAGAGACAGGGACUGAAAUACUGUCUCCCUCUAACCUUCUGCAUACACACUGGUUUGAGUCAGUACAUAGCAGUGGAAGCUGCAGAGGGCCGAAACAAGAAUGAAGUUUUCUACCAAUGCCCAGACCAAAUGGCUCGGAAUCCAGCUGCUAUUGACAUGUUUAUCAUAGGUGCUACUUUUACUGACUGGUUUACUUCUUAUGUCAACAGCGUCGUGUCAGGUGGCUUUCCUAUCAUCAGAGACCAAAUCUUCAGAUAUGUUCAUGAUCCGGAGUGUGUAGCAACAACUGGAGAUAUUACAGUUUCAGUUUCCACGUCGUUUCUGCCAGAACUUAGCUCUGUACAUCCACCCCACUAUUUCUUCACAUACCGAAUCAGGAUUGAAAUGUCAAAGGAUGCACUUCCUGAGAAGGCUUGUCAGUUGGAUAGUCGCUAUUGGAGAAUAACGAAUGCUAAAGGUGAUGUAGAAGAAGUUCAAGGACCUGGAGUAGUUGGUGAAUUUCCAAUCAUCAGCCCCGGUCGGGUAUAUGAAUACACAAGCUGUACCACGUUCUCUACAACAUCGGGAUAUAUGGAAGGAUAUUACACUUUCCACUUCCUUUACUUUAAAGACAAGAUCUUUAAUGUGGCCAUUCCCCGGUUCCAUAUGGCAUGUCCGACAUUCAGGGUGUCUAUAGCUCGAUUGGAAUUGAGUCCUGACGAGUAUGAAGAGAUGGAAGAUGCAGAAGAAGAGGAGGAAGACGACAAUGUCUUGACAGAGAUGGAGGAAUCUGAUGAGGAUGACACGGAGGCCAGGCCCAGGAGGCUGUUCGAUGUCCCCAUUCGCAGACGCCGCUACUCCCGCCUCUUUUAG